AACGAAGGUGGUUGUUGCAGGCAUCAACAAGCAUCUGUGAGGGUGAGAGAGAAGGGAAAGGUAAUGGAUUCAGAAAACUGGAGACACUCUUUUCUCUACCUCGCCUUCGUCCUCGCAAUCCUUCACCUCACGCAAAACUUCCUAUCACACUUCUUCAUUGGCAACGAAACGGUGCGCAUCAAGAAGAACCCCAACCUUCCCCUCCGGUUCUCUUCUGACGGUACCUUCAAGAUCCUCCAGGUGGCUGAUAUGCACUAUGGCAGUGGAAGCCUAACCCGUUGCAGGGACGUGCUACCUUCUGAGUUCGAGUUUUGUUCAGAUCUUAACACCACUCGGUUUCUGAAGCGAAUCAUUCAGGCAGAGAAUCCGGAUUUUAUUGCCUUUACUGGAGAUAAUAUUUUCGGAUCAAGUGCACCUGAUGCUGCAGAAUCUCUGUUUAGAGCCUUUGGUCCUGCUAUUGAAUCAGGACUUCCUUGGGCAGCAGUUUUGGGAAACCACGACCAAGAAUCAACGAUGAAUCGUGAAGAGUUAAUGUCCUUAAUUUCCCUUAUGGAUUAUUCAGUUUCAAAAAUCAACCCAUCAGAUGAUGAUCCAACUAAAGGUGGCUUGAAGACUAAAAUUGACGGAUUUGGGAAUUAUGACCUAAGAGUGUAUGGUGCCCCAGGGUCCAUGUUGGCAAACAGCACUGUUUUGAAUCUUUUCUUUCUUGACAGUGGAGACAGGGCUGUUUAUCAGGGAAUUCGAACUUAUGGAUGGAUCAAGGAGUCUCAACUUCACUGGCUUCGUCGUGUUUCUCAAGAAUUCCAGGGACAAAAUCAAGAUUCUCUUCAUUCUACUGAUGGUAUUUCCACAAUUAAUCCCCCCGCACUUGCAUUUUUCCACAUCCCUAUCCCAGAAAUUCCCGAACUGUUCUACAAAGAGAUUGUAGGCCAAUUUCAAGAGGCUGUGGCGUGUUCAAGAGUGAAUUCGGGGGUCUUGCAGACCUUUGUCUCCAUGGGAGAUGUGAAGGCUGUGUUCAUAGGCCAUGACCACACCAAUGACUUUUGUGGAAACUUGGAUGGCAUAUGGUUUUGUUAUGGUGGUGGGUUUGGAUACCAUGGCUAUGGGAAAGCAGGGUGGCCCAGAAGAGCGAGGAUCAUACAGGCUGAACUUGAGAAGGGAAAGAAUUCCUGGAUGGGCGUGCAGAGAAUCUUGACUUGGAAACGCCUUGAUGAUGAGAAGCUGAGCAAGAUUGAUGAACAAAUUCUAUGGCAGCAUUGGACUUUUUAUUAAGCAGACAUAAGAUGAGGAUGAGAAUUGGGCCAAGGUCGGCUUUUAAGGUCUGGCCCAAAACCAAUACACUCG